GCUCUCACGCGUUGCCGACCGCGUGCACGGACUGCUGGAGUCCCUGCACAAGCGCAAAAAAUCCUCCUCAGGCAAACACGCACGAAAAACGGAAGCCGACUUAGCGGCGAUUUUGGACCAAAUUUUGCGACUUCGCGGCGCCGCUGAGCAGAACGCCAUUUUAGCGCAAAAGCAGCGAUCUGAGCGCGACCACCCCGAUGCAGGAGCAGCGUCCGAUGGAAAAUCUUCAUCGAAAAAGAGUACUAAAAAUAUGAAGGAGCAGGAUAAGAACGGGAUGUUGUUAGUCCGUACUGGCCAGGAGGAGUUGCAGCUAGAUCAACAUGAAGAUAAUGAAGAGAAAAUUCUCGUUGACGCAUCGUCAGCACAAGCACGCGAUCAACAACAACAACAACAAAGUGCAGGAGGCUUCCGUGGAGGAACAGAUGUAGGCGCUGGCAUUAAUUCUGCUGCACUGAAUUACGGCUAAGACAAGCUACAUUGCAUCUCCGAAUUCAUCGUUUUCGUGUUUGAUUUUGAAGCUCAUAAUGUUGAAGUUGUAGACCUCGUCUAUGUCUAUGUCGUUCCACCUAGCUUUUGUUCGUUCAAGGAAAAUGACUCAGCUAUAAAGUAUCAGAUGAGCUUGAGCUUCUAUGGGAAAAAUAGCGCUAAUCAAAUGCGGAUCCGAGAGUUGCUACAGGCGUUCGUAGAAACCAACGGAUUAGUCUCGGUGUCACUUUCGAUAGCAAACGAAAGCUAAAGAACUCCUCUCUCUCCUUCCAGAUCCAGCCAGGAAAUGACCACGACCAGCGUACUUCUUCACCUAGUACCACAAGAAAAGUGGCGUUUUCUGUAGCGACGCAGCCUCGACAGGAGGACGAAAACGGCCAUCAAGCACCAGGAACGCUGGCGCUGGCUGAGCGAGAGCAGGAAAAAGAAACUGCUGACAUCGACACAACCGAAGAAGAUCACCAAGCAGAAGUGGGAGUACUAGAAGUAGAUGAGCAAGACCUCCAGGAAGAAAAUGCAUCUGAUGAAGAGCUUGCCGAGGCGGCGGCCAAUGCUGAAGAACAUGAGGAGGUCGCGCAGGAGGAAGAUGAACAAGUUGGCGCGUCCGCAAUCCAUCUAGAGGGAGAAUACGACGCCACACGCCACAGCCACCACGGCAAGUCGCUGGUCGGCAAAAACAAGCGCGGUAAGAAAGGAAAACACCACCACAAGAAGAAGCACGGCAAGAGAGUAGAGGUUGGUGGAAACAAAGUGGGAGCAGGCACGAAGUCGACGACUAAGAACACACAAGAAGGUAAUUCGGCAGCGUCAAAAGCGGCUGUCACAAAACAGAAGACGGGUGCUUCUCUAAAGGGAGCGGACAAGGACAAGCAACAUACCGGUGCUGAGAAAGAGAACCACGUGAAGAAACACGAGAUAAUCUCGUCCGUCGAUCUCAAUGCAAAUACGAAGAAGAGUGAUGCGACUGUGGAUACCUCAUCGCUCGCGGCACAGGUACUCUCGCAUGUGAGCACGCAGUCUCAACGAGCCCAGGAAAAGCUGGAUCGCCAACACGCGGCCGCUGAGGCAGAACUGCAAAAGAAGUUUGAAGCGGAAAAAGCGAAACUCGACAAAGAGUUCGAGCAAGAAUCAACUUUACGCUCACUUAGGUUCUUGUUCAAACUCUUUCACAUUUUCUUUGUUGUUGAUAGUAGCUCACAACUUGAUGUCGACGGCUGAUGUUACAAACGCCACCUAGUGUCUCCUCGGGUAGCUUAUGAAACCUCUAUUUUUCUUCUUGCAUCUGCAUUGUACAACAUAGUACAACUAGUACUAGCAAGUACUUAAAGUACUAAGAGGUAGAUUAAGAUUUGAAGAAUGUACCUUCAUUGUUGAAGUAUCGUGCGGACCAGAAGGAAGAGCAAGAAAAAGCGCUAGCGAAUUUGGGGAAACGCAUCAUCAGCAUGAGUGGCCAGCAUCCGCCGCAAGGCCAAGAUGUAAAGCAGUGGCUAAACAAUUUCUCCCUAAUUAACACCGCACAGCGACAUCGAGGGGACAACCUGGACUCGGUACUACUUAAACUUAGUAAGACUUGGAAAUCAUAAUCAUGCUCAUGUCAUGAGACUGAGGUUACGUUUACAAAUUAAUAUUUCGGAAUGUUGAAUAAAAUGAAAACAUAAUCAAUGAUGUCAGAAGAACUACAAGCGAGUGCUACAGAAGCACAUCGAAAUCGAAUCAAGUUUCCACUUUUACCUCUUUUUCACUCCAAUCGCCAUUCCCACUUCCGAAAUUAUAAAAAUCUUACAUCUGUCAGCUUGCGCAAGACAGUAAAGCACUUGACGAAACCGCGACGAAUUUAGUGAACUCGGAAACACUUGCCCAAGACGCGGCUGCACUGCAGGCUGCUCAAGAUUCUUCAUCGUCUUCUUCUGUAAUCGACGUUAUGAGAGUCUCGGCAAAGCCCAUACUUAAUUGUUAUUCAGCAUAUCUUGAUGUUCCCUGUAGUAAAGUUUGAGUUUACAGUGUACACUAAAUUAAGUAGAGUAUUCGUACAUCAGUUGGAAGAUAUCGCACCGAUGCACGAGUAGUUCAAAGAUGGAAGUAGGCUUUAACGACGAAGCGAAAGAUGCUGCUGCAACAGCUACCGGCACAGGUAGGAACAAUACCGGAUCCACGCAGCAGACGCCGAAUCCAACGGAGCCAAUGAAGAAGCUGAUGAAUGAUUAAGACUCUCCACCUGAAUCAUUUUCCGUGUCGAUGAAGCCUGGAGAUAUAGAUUUUCCGUGUAUGAUACAUAUGCACCUAUAUUAUCGUUCAAUCAUCAUGGUUUAUUCAAUAUAAUGAAUAGAAAAUGUGCGUAGAGACCUAGCUAUGUAUGAAAAAAUAUAUUGAGAUCUAGUCCUUAGUAGUUUGUUGUCGUGGUGGUCUUGGAGUGGUCAAGGUCAUCAUACAGCCACAUAGGACUAGGAGAUGGAGUAAUCGCAUGCGCCACAGGAUGUUGGAAGUGGAUGAAACGAUCUUUUACUUCUGCAUCUCGAGCUCUAAGAUGAAGGCAAAAAUAUCAUGAUCAGUGGCCGGAUCGACAUCCAGGUGGCGGAUAUGAGCGCUCUUGGAGCGAAUCGCAGCGCUGAACUGAGUGUCGCACGCGUCUUCCAGACACUAUUUCAUUACGAUGAGGGAUUCUCUUCUAGCAGUUUCAUUCAAGAAGGUAAUAUUGAUAGAUAAGCAUAAGGAUACCAUGAGGAUAACUAGAACAACUGUGUCUACUAAGUAGAAGAAGCAAGAAGUUCGCUCUAAGCCAGCACAAGAACAUUUCUAUUUGACGUGGUAAGACUGAUGGCUUACAAAUAAUAACUACUGCUCCUGCUGUUGUAUAUCACCUCUCCAAUAAUAAUUAUCAUCACAUCAUGAGCCACGACGAAGUCAACAUGAUCAUCUAAGCCUAGUCACCGUUGUAUGAUUUGCGAUUGCGUAUCCUUUCGGCUGCGGACGCAGCACGCGAUCCAACGAUGAUGGAUGACCCUGGCGCAGCAGCUACCCUUCCGACCGAAAAAGCGCUUAGCAUGGUCUCAUCCCUCCUUCAGGUGCUUACUACAACAGCACGUCUUCAUAUACUUAGUUCAUUUUCAUUUGUAUUUUCGAAAUGGAAGAGGAUAGUGCAGGAGUGGUCAAAUACUGCGAAGACACUUAGUGUUAUUGGAAAUAUUCAAAUUAUUAUGUUUCUAUUCUCUCGUCUCUUCCUCGUCCCACUUAACAGACGGGUUCUGGCCCCUCGCAUGGGUUACACUUUUCCGUGUUCAACUCGCCAUUGGUCAAACUUCGAAAAAAAGACGAUCCAACGCAAAUGAGUAAAGUUCGCCAGCACAUGGAAGAUGAAACAGCCGGGUCCGCAGGUGGCCUCCUUGCAUCAACUUCGAAUACUAUUGCGUCCAGGCUUCAGAGUCUAGUUUCCAUUUUAAGACUGCUGAUGAUAUUUUCUUAGAGAGCUCAACCAAGUCAACAACUUGUUGUUCAUCUUCAUUCGAUGUUGCAUGAAAAAUGUGUAACUUCUGCCUCUACUUAACAAGGAAGAUCUGCAACUUCUCCCUGUUUUUACUGACACUGACUUCUUCUACAUGAUAACUUCUUCUAGCAUGCACUAAGGAACGCCACGACAACCAAAGCCUCCUCUGCGAAGGAGCGACCAACAUUCGACGACAAGAUGCAUCAGGAGGAAAAGAGCGUGCAAUCGAUUCAAAAGAUCAUCGAUCAUGCAACUGGUCAGGAAAAGAAGAUGCCAGAUCCGCAACUGUUGAGUCUGGGUGCAAGUGCUGCAGCACGCGGGGUGGAUAAAACUACUACUGCACCUGUUAAGGCUUCUCCUCAACUCCAUUAUUUGAGUCACAGAUUGACAGAGAAAAAUGCUUCGAUGAAGUAAAUUCUAUAUUUUUUGCUGAUGAAAUCUAUCUGUAGUUAAAACCGUACCCUACUUCUACUUCUAGCUGCUAGUUUAUGUCUCAAUAAUAUCAAUAUCGUUCUACUAAAAUAAGGGAUGGCGGCGCAAGGAAUAUCAUGAUCCUUCACAACUGUUGUGAAGGAUCAUGAACAACAUCAACAGUAAGAACAACUAUGUUAUUUUUGCAGAAGAGAUCUCGUACAAGAGGACUACGUCCCAAUCCAACUCUAAACCCGGAGAAACCGCCACUGGCGAUGCAGCAGUCAUCGCACUACAGUUUCGCAUCGGACAGCUGCCUAGUGAAAUCCAGGCGCUUCUACAAUCCGGCGACGUGUCCGAUGCAUGGGAGGCACUUAUCGGCGUUGGAGGAAUCACCUCCGUAACUUCGGUUUUUAUGAAUUGAUGUAACUGAAGACGUAGCAUCUUCAUCUUGUUGAUGUAGCUUAGAAUCAGUAUCAGAGAGGUCUAAAUUUUUGGCCGCGAUGUACAUCAGAUUCAGAGAUUGCAGAAGUUCUAAACGACAAGCAGCACUCAAACGUACUAGUACAUAUUGUCGAAAAACAAAAUAAGGUAAGAGUUAAGCGCCCGGUAGCACUUCUCCCACUAGAAUCCUUCACCCUCUGCACGCACUUCCCCCGCCAUGGCGUGCCUCCGCUUUCCCGGCUCCUUCCCGACGCGACAACCGUCCGGCGGAGUUGAUCGGAACAAGGGCCGGGCUUUUGGCGGCGUGCGGCCAUUGAAUAGCACGCCGCGAAAUGGUAGGCCCGGGAGUUUCCUGGUCUCUUGUUAGGUUUGGCCAUCUUUGCGCGAAACUGAAAGCUGGCGCUUUUAUAUUUCAAACCUUUAAAUAAAUUUACUGCCUUCUUUGAAUAAAAUUAAAGAUUUUGCAUCCAAUUUUUUUGAGUGUAUUUAUCUUCGAUGAAAUCGAAAAUUUCGCUAUUUCCAAUGUUUAUAGUUCAAAGUUUCAAUUUACAACUCCGAAAAUCGCAAAGCGAAAACUUUGAACUUCAUCGACAAGCAAAGGGACUCAAGUGCCAGGGUAGCGCGUUGCAAGCUUCGCGCAAGCUUGGAGCCUCAAGGAUGUAGCAUCUAAGCUUAUAUAUAACUUAUUUACAAGGAUGCCAGGCCAGGCCAUGCUGUUCAUAGGCUAACGGGUUGCCUUUGUUUGUCCGUUGGUUUGUUUGCUGGUAAGAAAAGCGAGCGGAAUAGAAGUUUUUUACGCGGGUCGCGUCACGCGUGUUUUUCGUUGAAGUAUUUUUGGUUCUGUUCUUUUUGGUUCAGGUAUAUUGGGUUCGAAUGUGUGUGGUUCGGAGGUUCGAGGGGUCGUUGUUGGUUUUUUCUGUUGCUCGUUAAUACUAGACUUCAGCGCCCGAUAGCUCUCCCUCCACUAGAAUCCUCCACCUCCUUCGAGCAUUUCCCUCGCCAAGACGCGCCCCCCCCCGCUCCUCUUCCGCCAGCUCGCGACGCUUUCCUGGCGAAGUGGUCCGCGCCAGAGGAGGCGGGACAGCGGCGCCGCAGAAUUUAACAGAGGAGGCCGCUUCUGUCUCUAAGGUUUCUGAGAUGUCUCAAGGUUUGCUGGUUUUUGAAUUUAGUGCAGGGCUCUGGAUUGGGAGUCUUGAGUGCGAAGCUUCGCGCGUAAGUCUUUGAGGUGGAGACUUGGGGCGAGAUUGAUGGAAGCCAUUGGCCUGCAGCUUGAAGCCCGCGGCCGCUUUCAGUGUGAGGCUUUGAGCUCCAGCAAAGCGCGGGGCGUAGAGCUUCGGGGUUGGCGCUUUGAUUUUGAAGCUUUGGGCUUGCAGGCUGAAGCUUUGGACUUGAGUGAAGUGCUGGGCUCGAAGGGUUUGGCCUGAAGUCUUGGGUCUGAGAUUUUGGGUCUGAAGUUUUGGCCUUAAGAUCUUGGAUUUGGGGCUUUGGAUUGAAAGUGUUGGGCUUCAAGCGCUUGGCUUGAAGUCUUGGCUUUGAAGUUUUGGGCUUGAAGCCUUGGGCUCGAAGUUUUGGGCUUGAAGUUUGCGGCUUGAGGCCUUAAGCUUGAGGCUUUAGGCUCGAGUUUUUGGAUUUGGGUUUUUGAAUUUGAAAAGCUUGGAGCUUGGUCUUGGCUGACAAAGUCAAAACUUUGCAGCUUUUGCGCAAAAGAAGAUAGCAAGGCUCUUGGAUUUUAUCGACUCUAAGUGAGUGAGUAUCUCGCCUGAGUGUAUUUGGUUCGAGUGUUUUGGGUCCAAGUGUUUCUGGUUCAGGUGUUUUCAUUUCGGAGCUUGGGGGGGCGUUGUGGAUUUUUCAUUAUGCGCGAGGGCGUAGGGUCUACAGGCUAUUGGCUUUCGCAGGUUUCUCCGACAUUCAGACACCUCUGGGACUCCAAUGCCUCAAGUCCAAAGGCUUUCGACUUUAGCAAGCCUCUCGGAGAUUCAGCCUCUUGGGUUUGAAUUCCUCAAAUCCAAAAACUUUCGACUUUUGCGAGCUUUUCCACGAUUCAAUCGCUUGGGUUUGAAUUUCUCAAAUCCAGAAACUUGCGGCUUGGGGAGGUUUCUCUGGCAUUCAAUCUCUUAGGUUUAAACUUCUCAAAUCCAAAAGCUUUAGCUUCGCUGGAAUUCAAUUCCUUGGAUGGAUCUCAAUUCGUCAAGUCUCAAAGUUUUUGGCUUUAGCAAGUUUCUCCGAGAUUCGACCCCUGGGGUUUCGUUUCAAUCUCCCAAAUCCAAAAACUUCCGACUUUGCCAAGUUUCUCCGAAAUUGAAUCCCUUAGGUUUCAACUUCUCAAGUCUGAAAGCUUUGACUUUUAGCAAGCUUUUCGCUUUUCGAAAAUGCAACUCGGUCGUGUCGUCAAAUCCGAAAGCUUUUGACUUGAACAAGCUUCGCCGAAUUCAAUCUCUUGGGCUUCAAUUUCUCAACUUUGAAAGUUUUGACUUUCGCAGGCUUCUCUGAGAAUUCAACUCGCCAAACCUGAAAGUUUUCGACUUUAACAAGCUUCGCUGAGAUACAAUCCCGGAAAUAAUUCAUGAGUAAGCGAAUUUCUUAAAUUCAUAAACUCGCAAAUUCGUAAGCUCGUAAGUUAUGGACUAAAUUCAUAGACUCACAAACUCGUAAGUUCGUAAAUAUAUAAUUCGUAAAUGCAUAAAUUUGCAUUUUCGUAAAUUCGUAAUGUCUUAAAUUUAGAAGCUCAUGAGUUCGUAAGUUCAUAAGUUCUGGGGCUUGGGGUUUGAAGUUGGAAGAUGGAGAGCUUGGAGGGGUCGUUGUAGAGUUUUUUUUAGCGCUUUAGUACUAGCCUGGAGCGGCCGAUGACAACCUUUCGCACUAGGAUGCCCCUCCCCCCAAAGUAACCGAGGGAACAGGCAGGAAAUUCUUAAACUUUAAACAGUUUCGCUGGCAUUCAGUCUCUUGGAAUUGAAUCGCUCAAAUUUCGAAGCCUUCUGCAUUAUUUUCUUUGCCGCUUUGGGGCGGAUUAAAUUUGCUGGAUUUGAAUUCCUCCAAUUCCGAAACUUUUGGCUUUAGGCCUUUCUCCUGAGAUUCAAUCGCCCGGCGUGGCAAUUUCUCAAAUUUCGAGGCUUUCGCUAUUAUUUUCCCCCUUAGGGAUUAAGCUCGCUGGAGUUGGAUUCCUCAAAUCCCAAAAUUUUUGAUUUUAGGCCGUAUCUCUGCGAUUUAAUGCCUUGGAUUUGAAUUUCUCAAAUUUCGGGGCUUUCCUUAUUAGUUUGCCGCUUUGGGAUUAAAUUCGCUGGGUUUCCGUUUUUGACUUUCAUUUUGCUCUCCGACAUUCAAACUCCUGGAUCGUUAGUUCAUGGGCUUUCUUACGAGUAGAGUGCGUGAGUUCGUGGGUUCAUGAGUUUGAAUCUCUCAAAUUUCGAAGCUCUCUGCAUUUUUUCGCCCCUUUGGCAUUGAAUUCGCCGGAUUUGAAGUUCCCAAAUCUCGAAGCUUUUGACUUUGUGCGCUUUUGCUCGGUUUCAAUGUCUUGGAGUUGAAUUUCUCAAAUUUCGAAGCUUUCGGAGUGAAUUCGGUGGAUAUGAAUACCCCAAAUCCCAAAAUUUUUGAUUUUAAGCGUUUUUUCUGAAAUUCAAUCCCGGGCUUCAAUUUCUCAAAUUUCGAAGCUUUCCGCGUUAUUUUGUCGCUUUGUGAUUGAAUUCGCAGGAUUUGAAUAUCUCAAAUCCCAAAAUUUUUGAUUUUGCGCAUUUUUUCUGCGCUUCUAUUUGCUGGAUUUGGAUUUCUCAAAUUUCGAAUCUUUCCGCGUUAUUUUGUCGCUUUUGGAUUAAAUUAAUUCGCUGGAUUUGGGUGCCCCACUCAAAUCCCAAGAUUUUUGAUUUUACGCGUUUUUUCUGAAAUUCAAUUUGCUGGAUCAGGAGUUCAUGGCUUCGUGGUUUCGUGGUUUCGUUUCGUGGUUUCAUGGUUUCUUUUCGUGGUUUCUUGGUUUCGUGGGUUCAUGGGUUUGGGGUUUGUUGGUUUUUGUGUCGGAGGUUGUGGCUGCGGGUGUUGGCGGUUGAGGUUUCGGAGGGGAAGUGUUUGCUGAAUUUUAUUGCUCUUAAUAUUAUGAUUAUCGAUAAAGAAGAAAUAGAUGGAGUUGGAGUGAAGAUAUUUUCACGCUAAGAAGAACACAGUUGUGGUCCUUCUCAACAUGCCACGGCGCUCUUCUUCUAUCUUCUACCUGCUCUAAAGCUUCCAUGAAGGUGCACGAAAACUACCAAGAAACGAGUUCAGAAUCCUUGUUUUGGCCUCCAGGGCCUGCCGCAUUUGCGGAUUAUCAAGCGCAGGGAGGCCUCAGCUGGCGACCCGAGUACUGCUCAUCGCCUUUCGUCACCAAAGAAGUGUACGGAAAGCAAAGUUGCGCGGAUUGCAUCGUCCAGUUUUUUUCCUCAGCCUACUACUGCAACAUUCAGCAGAACUGCUUCAGGUACUACGCAAUGACUUAGAUUUGUUAAUGGGUAUCGUCAUGGUCACAUUCUUUCUUGAUGCUUCAUUGUUGAAAAGAUGAUGAACAGACUGCAUCCAUUUUUCUUUUUCUACACUUGUCUUUUUUACUUUUUAAGGAACUCUACUUCUAUUAAUUUGUAUCAGUUUAUACCAAGAGUGUCAACGGGACUGCUCUGCGAAUGAGGCAUGCCUUGGAUUCCAGUAUAAUGGUCGCGUCUGUCGACAUGUAAUUUUCCCGCCAUCUGUAGCAGCUACAAGCACUUUCGCAAACGGUAUUCUUCGCUGUGGCACUGAGGAGUUCCCAACUCCUAAUGCGGGAUGUUUAAACUUACGGCCUUAUUAUAAAGUUUGCGUUACAAGUUGAAGUAGAAGUAGAACACUGAAAGGCUAGAGCAACAAGUAGUAGAGCCAAACAUUUACUUAAUUAUUGGAAACUCUUCAUUUUCAGUUUCUUUUUCUUUGUUAUUUGUGCUUCAUCUUCUUCGAGUUCGAGAUCAAGAAUAUUAGGAAACUGAUGAUUCAAAACUAAAGCUAUUACGUCAUUGGAUGGAGAAGUUGGAGAAUCUCAUGUACUCUGCAGACCCUUUUCUUGCUACAUCAACAAUCGCUUUUAAACCAAUGCGAUUCUUAUUUUCAGGGUACUUCUUGUUCUUCUAGCAGAAGUGAUUAAUUGAGUCGCAAAAGUAAGGUAAAAUAUGAAGAGAUGGUAUAGUUGAUAAUGGCAUUAAAAUUAGUAGAUUAAGACUGCUGCUCCCUCGCUUGUUGUUCCACAUCUCCUAGCUCUAACUCGGUGGUGUGAAAAGGACACGACUGUGGUCUCUGCGGCGGCAGCCAGUAAGCCCUCUGACGGUACGGCGCUUCUGCAGACGUACGUUCGUUCAGCCAUCGGGAAGACGUGGGGAUCCUUGCGCUAAGUUGAUGAGGAACAUGAAUUGAAGAUAGAAGGUUUGUAGUUCUAGAACCAGAUCUAGAAUUAGAACUAGAGCUAGAAGGUGGGAAUGUUGGGAUGAGAAAAUCUAGUAGAACAAGAUGAAACAGUUUCACUUUUUUUACAAUGCUGGUCUUUAUUGAAAUUGAUGUUAGUUGUUCACAAAAAUGAUAUCAGCCGUCAGAUUCACUGAUUCGCGCUAGCUAGCCUGUGAUAAUGAACUACUUGACAAAACGUACUAUGAGUAACCAAGCUGCAGCAAAGCAAGUAGUCAUAUUAAUCCAAUCUAGUUCUAGUGAAAAUGUUACAACACUACAUUUCUGUGACUUCCAGAGUCUUUCCGCUACUAGGACGGUCGUCUUGCUUAUCACAGGACGACUGUUGGUUAACAUCACCCGAUGGAUGCGGUUGACUGGCUGAAGAUGAAGAGGAGGUGAAUGACACAAUUGUCAAUUGAUGACAUCAAACAAAAAACGGUUGCAAGAAUUUCGAUUUCCCGAUUUGCAUUAACUACCACCCUUACGACUCCUACGAUCAGCAUAUUGAGGACACCAAAGAUUUUACACCACUAGGUUGAUGAUUUUUACAGCAAAAUAGAUAGUAUCAGCAUUUCAGUUUUCUUCAGUUACUCAAACUCAUACCAGAACGACAGAAAUCGCACUCAGCGUAGCCGAAGAACUGCUACACUACGGAUUAGUGGAGAGCGGCGGGUUAUCACGUUACCAAGGAAUUCAGAUGUAACAUGAUCGAAAUCAACAAGUACAAGAAGAGCACAGAGUGUGCUUCUUAAUGGAAAUGCCAUUUUUCUAGUUGGAAUUUGACUGAAGACAUAAAUUAUGUUUCACCUUGAUGUCGGCAAAUAAAUAGAAUCCAGUUUAGAGGAAGGUAAAGUUGUGUUUGCGGCUACGUCAGAAAUAAUGUAUCAUCACGUUUGAGAUAAGUGGCUAUUUCGUGUUACAAGUCAAAGCAUGGUCAUGGCCAGGUUCAUUCACUGUAAAGCACAUUCUCUUUCGUGAAUAACAAUAUAUCAUAGCAUCAUCACACAGUACUAGCAAGCACCGAUUCGAUUUUCAAAACAGAAAAAUUCAACAUACUAGGCAAAGAAUCAAGAAUGAAUCCCCAGGUGAGAACUCACUUGUGAGUUGCAGAGAUAAGUCCUCUUGUACAGAUAGAUUCAACAUGGCCAAGACUUUCAUCUUUUUCUGUUCACACUCCGCCGCGACGAGGAAGCAAGUCGUUGUUUUCAUUUUUUCUCAGCCCACUUGGUUGAUGGACGACUACAAUGCACCCUGUUAGAUACAUAUUUGUUAGGUACUCAUUUCAAGAACAUGACCCACGCAAUAUGCAUAACCAUACCUACGCUCCAAAUGGUAGGCAAGGUACAACGGUUUGUUCAACCUUCAAUCAUAAAGUGUUUUUCUGUAGCAGGAUAUGACAUGCAACCGCAUGACGAGAUGAUGGCCCAUGCGAUGACGAAUGUGUGCGGUGCUGCAAAGUUCACGUAGGUAAUUUCUAUUGGAAAACGAACAACGAAAAUAGAGAUAUCCAGCUCUUAUUCUACUGGUACUCCUGAUCUUGAAGAAGCUUACGCUUUCGCUUGUGCUAUUGAUAACGAUUGUUGACUCGAAUUUUUGUCGAGGACACUCCUCACAUUCACUCAAACACGC